AUAAAAACCAAUUACUUGACAAAGUCUGGAAAGUGACGACGCCACCUCCGCACUGGGACUUCUGGGGGGAUCAUCUGAAUCCAUUCGUUGUUCCCGAUCGCGGGCGUCUUCAUUAGUAUCACAUUGGCGCGCGGGGUACGACCGGUCUACGGUCUCGACAUCGAAGAGAAACAACAACCACGGCGGUGGAAAUUGGCCAAGAUUGUCCACCACCAUGGAUUCGCGUAAAAAGGUCGGCCAGCUGUUCGUUGUUGGCUUUCAUGGAACAACGGCGGGCCCGAUAAUCAAAACCUUGAUCCGCGAGUAUGGUGUCGGUGCAGUCAUCUUGUUCAAGCGCAACAUAGUUGAUGCAGCGCAAUUACAGUCUUUGACGCUGGCUCUUCAGCAAGAAGCCAAGGACGCGGGGCAUGAAUACCCCUUGUUCAUCGGGAUUGACCAGGAAAACGGUCUUGUCACUAGAAUCUCGCCUCCGGUAGUCUCCCAAUUACCGGGUUCUAUGGCUCUGGGGGCCACUGACUCGACGGAUUUUGCAUAUGAAGUGGGCAAGGCUACGGGAAGAACUCUGGAGUUUUUCGGGAUAAAUAUGAACUAUGCCCCCGUCUGUGAUAUCAAUUCGGAACCUCGAAACCCUGUUAUUGGAGUGCGCAGUUUUGGCGAUGACCCCGAAUUUGUCGGCAGGUUUGCAAGCGCCAUGGCAAAGGGACUACGGGAAUCGAAUGUAGUACCGACCGUGAAGCAUUUCCCUGGUCACGGUGAUACCGCCGUCGACUCUCACUUUGGCCUCCCGGUUAUAGAGAAAAGCAGAGGUGACUUAGAACGGUGUGAGCUUGUGCCGUUUCGUCGGGCCGUGGCAGAAGGAAUUGAAGCAGUAAUGACAGCACACAUUGCCUUGCCUCAGGUCGGAGCUAAUGACAUGCCUGCAACUUUAUCUGUGGAAGCUAUGAACAUCCUCCGUGAAGAUAUGAAGUAUCAAGGAAUGGUGGUGACCGAUUGUUUGGAGAUGGACGGGAUUCGAACCACAUACGGGACAGAAAGGGGUUCUGUUCUUGCUCUGAAAGCAGGCAGUGAUAGCAUAAUGGUCUGUCAUAAGUACAGCAUGCAGGUUGCGUCUAUAGUAACGGUUUGUGACGCUAUUCGCACCGGCGAAAUACCUCAUGAACGCCUGGAGGAGGCAUUUGGUCGGGUUACUCAACUCAAGAAGCGAUUCCUGAACUGGGAGACAGCACUGGGUCGGAAAGGACACGAACAACUGGCGGGCCUCAAUGAAAGCAAUGCUGCUCUCUCCAAGGAGAUAUAUUCCCAUUCAACCACAGUUAUCCGCGAUAAAAAGGGUCUUCUACCUUUAUCCAAAUUCGGCAACGUGAUUCUGCUCACCCCUGGCGAAUCGACUCCUACCGGAGGAGCUGUUCACAGCGGAGAAGCACCAACAAGGAGUCCAUAUAUACCUUCAGGAUUCAUCGAGUUCCUACGUAUCCACAACAAUACAACUGUCGACAUUCUUUACAACGGCACUGGGCUAUCCGCUGAUGAAUGGAUGAAAAUCGAUAAGGCAGAUGCCGUGAUAUUUGCAAGCCGCAACGCUCUCGAGGCGCUAUAUCAAAGAACACUGGGUCUAGAGCUAGCAAAAAGAAAGAACAACUUGAUCGUUGUCGCAACGUGCAACCCUUAUGAUUUCCUGGAGGAUGUGGAGUCGGUCGAAACAUAUAUCGCGACCUAUGAGCCCACUCCAGAAGCAUUUGUUGCAGCUGCAGAUGUAAUUUUCGGCUCUAUCCCUGGAAAGGGCCAUUUACCAAUUGGACGGAAAGCCUUACAGCCAGCGGUACCAGUCUUUCCCUUUCAUGCACCGGAUGAUCUCGAACAAGUAGCGAAAAUCUGGAACGCGGCCUUACCUACGUAUCCGCUUACGCUAGCUAGUCUCCAGAGACUGUUGGUUCGCUCAAACGGACACCAUUUCGUUGCCCGCAUUGGUUCUGAUAUUGUGGGAGUGUGUGUGGCAUAUACCGCGACGAAGCAAGGCAAGAUAACAGGUCAAAUAGCUGCUUUGGUGGUGGACCCUUCGAGACAAGGGCAGGGCAUUGGAACCGCAUUAUUGGCGGACACACGUGCAUACUUCAGGAAUACCUUUGGACUAUCGAACAUUGCACUAUCAAGCGUCUUUCCUCGUUUCUGGCCAGGAAUCCCCACGGAUCUACCAUCAAGAAUACCGGAGUUUUUCAUUCACCGUGGGUUCCGAGUGACGCCCUUGGAUGAGACACACAAGGAUCUGUACCAGGACAUAAGGAACUACCAACCUCCUUCCAAGUAUGUCGAGCGGGCAAGACAAGGAGGCUACACUUUCGGUCCUUUGCAACCCGAACAAUAUGAUGCAUGCAUUGCGGGUCAGAGAAAGAACUUCGGUUAUUACGCGGGAUGGGUCGAGGCAUACGUGACACUUAAUCCAGUGGAUCAUCCAUCCAGUGUCAUGGUAGCUUUUGACCCCGAGGGCAACCAAGUAGGCUGGACCCUAAUGCUUGGUCCAUCAUGCCCUCUUCUUCAGCAGGAUUGGGCACUUCCGCCGCUUUGCGGCCCCAACACAGGCUUGAUCGGAUGCGUUGGAGUAGACACAGAACAUCGCAAAGCCGGAGUAGGGCUUGCAAUGCUUUGCCACGCUAUUCUCAACAUGAAAGACAGGGGCGUGGAAGGAGUCUUUGUAGACUGGGUAAGCAUGAAGGACUGGUACGAGAAGGUAGGGUUCGAAGCAUGGAGAAGGUAUAGACUUGCGGAGAUUUGAACGGCCCCAGUGGUGUCAACUGGCAUCUUCACUGAUAGAGCAUAGUUUCCUGAGAUUCUGGUAAUCGUGACGGCUACGGGUUUUAUGGACAUAGAAUGUACAUUUGUUAGCACUCAUACGUUAAUUCGAUAUCGGAUAUACUGGCACGGUACGGAACAGGCAAAAUUAGACGACCAUGUAUAUCCAAGAACAGG